GACGAGCCGCCGGCCGGGCCCCGGCGGACGCGAGCAUGGCCCUCCCUCGGCCUCCGCCGGUCCUUCUCAUUAGUGCCGUCACCGCCGUCAUCGCCGCCGCCGCCGCCACCGGUGACGCGACGUCAUCAGAUGUUCAACUUCUUCAAGCCAUUCAGAGCGAAGAUGGAGCAAUCGACAGACUUAUUCGUGAUGUGCUCAAACUUCAGGAGGCAAAGGAGCUUUCAGAGUUGGGCCGGCUACGGGCGCCGCUUCUGGCCCCGAGCCCGGUGACCCGGGGUCGCGGACCGGACUUGGAGCGGACGGACCACCCGGUACGCCAGUUCGCUUACUACCCCAGUGACCCGGAAUACAGCCAGCCUCGUCAGCACACCGCCGCAGCCACGGACAAACGGCGAGGGGAGCAGCCGACGGUCGGUGGACAACACAAAUCUGCAGGACAGCUGGAGAUUGCAAGUCCCAUCCCCAGUUCAAGCGAUUUCUAUGGCAGCCUUGGGAAUCCAAAACCCGAUUCGGUAUCAGAUACAUUGGCCACUGGUGACGUCAAAGACAAGCGACCAAUGGCAGAGGCCCAUUUAGCGGGGCGACCAGCAGCACUUCGAGGAUCUCACCCCGAGCCAGAUAAAAACGCCGACGUUUACUUUAUCGUUGCUGUUGUCGGCAUCUGCACGGGCACUGUCUGUGUCUCGGUCCUAGGCGGCAUCUGCUACCGUUACCUGCAGCGGCGCCGUCGGCACAGCUCGACCGAGUCCGGACCGCCGUCCUACGGAGUGACCGGCCCGCACUCGGGGCUCAGUCCGGCCUCGGCCGACAGGCGUCUGGCCCAGUCGGCGCAGCUCUACCACUACCAGCACCAGAAACAGCACAUGAUGGCCAUCCAGGAGGGGAAGGCGCUGGGACGCUGCAGCUCGCCCUCUGACGAAAAUUCGGACCCGGAGGACGACGAGAGCGAGCACACCGUGUACGAGUGUCCGGGACUGGCGCCGAGUGGUGAAAUGGAGGUGAAAAAUCCGCUGUUCAGCGAAGACCCAACCCCAUGUCAGAGCAUGGAAGUCAACGACGACCUGUGAAUAAUCCAGGCACUAGGUUUCACGGCAUCCAUGGUGGCCGCUGGUGAAACUACCAGUUUGAGUCACCGCUGCCAGGUGUCGCUAGUCGAGCUUUCGCUUUAGCCUAUGUGUCGAACUGUACGGUCCCAGCCGCUGAGAGGGCAUUGAUUGAGGAGUAGUUAUGCAAGAGAGAAAAGGUUUGUAGUUUUUCAUUGAUCAUGAUCUUACGUUGGCAAAGCUAUCGAGGAAAGACAAUGACCGGCGUUCGUUCCAGUCCAGAAAGGCCCGUCUGGAGUGCAGUUUGGAAAUAGGUAGGUACAUACGCCCUGCGCCAACCGUUUGUUCUUCCAUCAGUGACUACUGACUUGUGGAGGAUAAGUUUUGGUCACCCGCCUGAUUGGUCACCGUUCCGUGCUUCUAUCCUCAGGAUACUGAAGUCCUUCUCCUCCACGCCGCAACCCCCCUCCGGGCUGGACAGGCAACUUUAUCUCAUGCGGGCUGCUCCCUUGGAGCGGCACUGCUGCUCCCGAGGGAGCGCACCCCGUAGCCGGGUGCAGUGAGUGCCUUGGGGCUGGGUGGCCUGUCCUCUGGACGGGCUCAGCCCCGGCGACUCACUAGGGUGCCUGCCCACACCAAUGUCUCCCCCUAAUUCCUAUCAUCCUUCCGGCUCUGCAAUGGUCUUGUCAGACCGAAAGGGCCUAACCCAACAAAACAAAAAACAAAGCCUGAUUGGUUAACCUCACCCGUGGUGUUUAUCCCCUUUCAGACCCUACUGGGGCCGCCAAUGAAUGUGACACAAUCUUCAAGGGACACGUACGAGCGCUAACAGAUAGACCGAUCGCCGAGCUGGGUCUGCAUUGUAGUUAGCCAUAGCUCUGCUAGGUGUCUCUGAAUAUCCUUCUGUGUGGUGCAUAAUUGCAUAUCCCGUAAGCCAGGGACAGUAUAGUUUCGGAACCUCAGUCCCUUCAUAUGUUCCGUCACCUGCGCCGUAUAACUGGUAUAUACUAUGCGCCGCUCGGAACUACCUAAAAUCAAUGUGAAAUGUGCUAUUUAGAAAUGUGUGUAGUGCCCACUGCCCGGGGUAGGUAGGUAUAGGAGGCUCAGAGCUCAGCAGUGUACCUACAGGUAGGUAGGUAUCGUAUAUUACCUACUAUUCAAGCAUAAUUGUUAUAAAAUGAUAACUUAUUUUGAAGGACGUUGAAUGUGGCUGCAGAUUAUGCUAUGGUGUAAAAAUGAGAUAAAAUGUUUACGUUUAAU